AGGAAGGAGGAAGAGGAGGAGGUGCAGGAGGCCCGUCGGAGGGCGGCCCCGUCCGUGCAAGAGUUCAAGUACAACAAAAAGCGGGUUCGCCUCGUCUCUCAGGGCUCAGACCUGAAGGAUGACGCUCGGUGCAUCCUUUACUGGAUGUCCCGGGACCAGCGGGUGCAAGAUAACUGGGCGUUCCUCUACGCCCAGCGCCUGGCCCUCAAACAGGAGCUGCCUCUGCACGUCUGCUUCUGCCUCGUGCCCAAAUUCCUGGAUGCCACCAUCCGCCACUACAGUUUCAUGCUGAGGGGCCUGCAGGAGGUGGCUGAGGAGUGUGCAGAGCUGAACAUCCCCUUCCAUUUGCUCCUGGGCUACGCAAAGGACGUGCUGCCCGCGUUCGUAGUGGAGCAUGGCGUGGGCGGGCUGGUGACAGACUUCUGCCCCCUCCGCCUCCCCCGGCAGUGGGUGGAGGACGUCAAGGAGCAGUUGCCAGAGGAUGUGCCGUUCGCACAGGUUGAUGCCCACAAUAUCGUGCCCUGCUGGGUGACCUCCCCCAAGCAGGAGUAUAGUGCCAGGACCAUCCGGGCCAAGAUCCACGCUCAGCUCCCCGAGUUCCUCACUGAGUUCCCCCCUGUUAUUCGUCACCCAUAUUCCCCCUCCAGUCCAGCAGAGCCCAUCGCUUGGGAGGCCUGUUAUUCCAGCUUGCAGGUGGACCGCAGUGUGAAGGAGGUGGAGUGGGCGACCCCCGGCACGGCUGCCGGGCUGGCCGUGCUGCGGUCCUUCCUCACGGAGCGGCUGAAAUCCUUCAGCUCCCACCGGAAUGACCCCAACAAGGCAGCACUCAGCAACCUGUCCCCGUGGUUCCACUUCGGCCAGGUUUCCACCCAACGAGCCAUCCUGGAGGUGCAGAAGCACCGGGGCAAAUACAAGGAGUCGGUGGACGCGUUUGUGGAGGAGGCCGUGGUGCGGCGGGAGCUGGCUGACAACUUUUGCUACUACAAUGAGAACUACGACAGCGUGCAGGGUGCCUACGACUGGGCGCAGACCACCUUGAAGCUCCACGCCAAAGACAAGAGGCCUUUUCUCUAUGAGCUGCAAGAGCUGGAGCAGGGGACUACGCAUGACCCACUGUGGAAUGCUGCCCAGCUUCAAAUGGUCCUGGAGGGCAAGAUGCAUGGCUUCCUGCGAAUGUACUGGGCCAAGAAGAUCCUGGAGUGGACUCGCUCCCCCGAGGAGGCCCUGCGGUUUGCCAUCUACCUCAACGACCGCUACGAGCUGGACGGGAGGGAUCCCAACGGAUACGUAGGCUGCCUCUGGUCCAUCUGCGGCGUGCACGACCAGGGCUGGGCGGAGCGGGCCGUCUUCGGGAAGAUCCGCUACAUGAACUACGCCGGCUGCAAGCGCAAGUUCGACGUGGGGCAGUUUGAGCGUCGCUAUGCGCCCCGCCCGCUCUCCCCAUGA